AUGUCUGCUGACAACUUCGAAGCAGGACCCUCCAUAGUGGAACUCUUCUACUCCGCCAAAAAGCUCCUCUCCUUACAGCCACGAGUCGAAAACAGACACUUGCGCAAGGACAACACUAAAUGCCAACGCCUGAUCAUGUCUGAGCUGGACCAACUCAUACCGCACGGACACCCGCAACAACGCAGAGACAAGGUGUUGGAUCUCCUCUCGCCGUUGUCUCUCGACGACCUCAAGAACAGUCCGCCAUACAACCACCAGAAGUCGCUCACCACCGCCACCACCUCGUCCGCCAGAGACCCUGUCUCGCGCAUGCAAUCGUCCUCCUUCUCCUCGCACAAGCCCUCCAACAACAACAAUAUGGGCACUCCCACCAGCAUGAACGACGACUCGCCGCCCCACACCAUCGAAACCAAGAAGAUCGUGCCCCCCAAGGCCACCAAGUCCAACCUCACAUCGUCUUUGUUGUCGGGCCAGGCAAGCGCCCAAGCACCCCCUCAAACCACCACGAAGCCUACAGAGUGCUCCAACUGCCACACCUUGAAAACCCCGCUCUGGCGUAAGGAUCCCCUGGGAAACACCUUGUGCAACGCCUGCGGGUUGUUCUACAAGUUGCACGGAACCACGCGGCCUUUGAGUCUCAAGACCGACGUGAUCAAGAAGAGAUCGUCAAGAAGGACCUCUUCGCUGACCCAGAAGAUUCCUGGCCAGCCACUGUCCUCGGUGCCUAUCACUCCUGCUCCUAUAUCCCUGAACUCGUCCCUCCCCCGCAACAACUCCUUCACUUCGCGUAUCGCCCCUGCAGAGCCUACAAACAGAACCAAGUUUAACCCCACAUACACUGCCGGUGCCACCACUAUAUUGCCAGCAACUUCAGCGCCUUCAUCGGCGUCAAACGGAAGGUAUAAGAAUGUGUUGAUCUUGCCAAAGCCCAUGAACAAAUCAAACGAGGCAAGCACACCGGGAUCCACGGGCAACACAUCGACUCCGAACACUCCAGGUGGGUCUUUUAGCUCCAGAUCCAUUCCAAUACCGAACAAUUCCGUCAGCUCGCAUACAAGUGCCAUGACUAGUCCAUCAUCUCCUUUUGCUGGCAACUCCGGAAGCUUUUAUGGAAAGCAGUCCAUUCCAGUGAAUUCUCAGCUGCUGCAGCAAUUUAAAAGAAAAAAAUCCGACGUCAACAUCGCCUACAACCGUGAAUACUACGAGAACUCAUCUAAUCCUUCGUCUUUCGGCAGAAAGGCACUUUCUUCAACUGGUCUCUCCAAUAGCUUUAAUCCUGCAAACUUCAAUUCUGAAUUAUCCAACAGUUUCAAUUCUGGCCCUUCAACCACUAUGAACAUACCCAAGAGGAACUCCAGUGCAGGUUUCCUUUCUUCGUCGUUAAAUAGACGAACAUCCUUCACUAAUCUUGGAACCCUUCACCAAAGUACAAACAGGUCGAAUACAGGUGCCAACACACCCACCGCCAAUUCGUUGACUUCAUCCAAUAUGAACUUGUUCAACCAGCGGUUUAUUUCGUCCAACAAUACCUACUUUGACAAUCCAACUGGCCAACCGUCGAUAUUUAGGCAAAACAGCACCUCUACCAUGACGCUCAACACCGCAAGCAGCUUCACGAACGUCAACAAUGCGAUUCACAACACCUACACCACCAACACCAGCGUACCCACGAAUAACGUGAGCACGCCUGGAUCAGUGACUUCACAUUCAUCGUUCCAUACCCGUCCAUCUAACAACGAUUUCAUGAAGCAGAAGGGAAUGCCUACAGGGAGCAAUUUCAGCGACACUUCCAGCAUGCCUGCGACUCCCCUCCACAUGGACGUGUUGCCAUCGUCAGCAUUGGGCGACGAGAGGGCUCAAUUGGCCCAGAUCGACGAUCAGGUGGUAGACAUGCUAGGAAGAGAUAACGAGCUAUUGAGCAUUGGCGAGAUGCCCAUGGAUUUGGACCAGGAUGGCCAGUUUUUCGACAGCUUCACGUCAGGACAAUUCGGGCAGAACCACGGUGCUCAUAUCUCCAUGACUCCCGGGCAGCCAGACGUGGCUGUCAGCACCACCCACGCAAAUGCGUCCACCCGUAGUGGUGAGUCGACACUCACCAGCGGGCUCAAAUCGCAAUUGAAAAACCAGGGGGGACGCAACAUGGCCAACAGUAUCAGCAACGACGCCAAGGACUUGGAAUGGCUCAAGUUCGAGCUCUAA